GUGGCCGGCACCGGGCCGUGACGUCACCGCAGAACCCGAGACGGGUGUGACGUCACCCCCCUCCGCUCGGCCCCGCCCUUCCCGUCGUGCACAGCGGCCGGAAGUCGCGCGCGGCGCAGGGAGACGUGGCGGCUGUGGCGGCGGCGGCACCGGCAGCGCGAUGAUCACGGACGUGCAGCUCGCCAUCUUUGCCAACAUGCUGGGUGUCUCGCUCUUCCUCCUCGUCGUCCUCUACCACUACGUCGCCGUCAACAACCCCAAGAAGCAGGAGUGAGGCGACCCACACCGGCACCCUCCCGCCGCGCCAUGGCGGGGCAGAGCCUGGCCCGGUGCCCGUCACGCUGCAGUGCCCACCAUGGUGCCGCACAGAGGCAGGAGGCCGCGCUUCUUCCAAACAAAGUUUUAACGGAAACACCAUAAUACAAGACAAAAUCGUGUGAUGUAAAAA